AUGAGACGUCCACACGCACUUCUCCUGCCAUUUCCAGCACAAGGUCAUGUCCUCCCUCUCAUGGAGCUCGCCUACCGCAUGGCCUCUCAAGGCUUCACCAUCACCUUCAUCAACACCCACUUCAACCAUGCACGUCUCCUCUCCUCCACCACCACACCACCUUCAAUCAACUUCAUUUCAAUCCCUGAUGGCAUGCAACCUGAAGAUGACCGCAAUGACAUCGCCGAGCUAUGCCAUGCACUAAUGACAUUCACUUCUCUCCAUCUCCUCCAACUCAUUAACACUAUGGAUAUCCAAGAAUCCGAUAAACCGAUUGUGACAUGUUUCAUCACCGACGAAGUCAUGGCCUGGGCUUUGGACAUCGCCAAGAAAACCGGUCUUCGUUCCGCCGCCUUCUCCACUGCCUCCGCCAACACCUUCAUCAACAUGAGGAGCGUUUAUUGCCUAAUUGAACUUGGCAUCAUCAAUGAAGAUGAUGAUGCAUGCUUUUGGGCUGAAGACAAGACUUGCAAGAGCUGGCUUGAUGAACAAUGUGAUAAUUCUGUUAUUUAUGUGGCUUUUGGUAGUUUGGCAAUUCUUAAUGAAAGGCAAUUUCAAGAACUUGCUUUAGGGUUAGAGCUCACCGGCAGGCCAUUUUUAUGGGUAAUUAGGCCGGAUAUAACAGGAAAGGCCGCCACCAGCUUGCUAGAAAGGUUCAAAGAUGUUAUCAGUGACCGGGGAAAGGUUGUUGAAUGGUCUCCUCAACAGGAGGUUCUUGCACACCCUGCAUUGGCUUGUUUCAUUACUCACUGUGGAUGGAACUCAACAAUGGAAUCUGUGAGCAAUGGUGUGCCAUUUCUCUGUUGGCCUUACUUUGCUGACCAACAUUUGAAUCAAAGUUAUAUUUUUUGUGAUUUUUGGAAGACUGGGUUGAAGAUGAUGCCUGAUGAGAAUGGUUUGAUCACAAAAGAGGAGAUUAGAGGUAAGGUGGAAGAGUUGGUUGGAGAUGAAGGAAUGAAGAAGAGGGCUCUUGCUUUGAAGGAAAUGGCCAUGAAGAGUGUUGACAAAGGAGGGUGUUCUUUUGAGAAUUUUAUGACUUUCAUUAAUGCCAUGAAAGAUGUGUUGGGUUUUGGGCUCCCUUGA